UUUUUCUUUUAUCUUUGAGCUAUCUGGGAUUGAUUAGCUUUGGCUAAUGCAUGAGGCUAAAACAGAAUGCAAGCGCGGAUGUAUUUUGGACGUGCAUCUGCCAGAUUUCCUUAAUAUAUUUAUUUUUGUUAUUUAACCACGUCAGUCAUGCUGCCACUGAAGGAAAAGGAUAAACCCAUCAUCCAGAAGCUGCUGUCAGCUGGCUGCUGCGCCCGCUGUGUUCUCAGAUUUUGUUGUGUGAGUGUUCAGGCAGCCUACCAACAACCACAACAGGAGACACUUAAAGAACUUAAAGCUUUCAUUGUGGAUGCAGCACACAGCAAAGUUCAAGACUCCACGGAUAUAAACAACUCCCAUGAUGCAACAGGAUCAGAAACGUCUGAAGACCCACCCAGUAAAAAAGCCAAACUUGACUCCAGUGAAUCGUCUGCUCAGACGGACGCUGCUGCUGCUGCUGAUGAGGAUGACGAUGAUGCUGAUGAUGAGGACGUCAGAUUGAAGCGCGAGGAAUUACGUGUGUGUGUUGUGUGUUUUGGAGUUCUGCAGGAUUUCAGUGACACAGUCCAGGUGAUGAAGAUCGCAGAGACGGUGAAGAUGCAAGGCUACGAGUUCUCCACGCUGACGCUGUCCGUCUCUCUGCCUGCGCAGCUGUAUGUCCGCGAGCACUCCUGUUGGCUCCAUGUGAAGAAUGAAAUAAGACAGAAGGUGAUGGUGCUUGACAAAAGUGAUGUCAUCCAGGUAAAAGAGGCCUUCAAAUGGAUCAUACAGGGUCUGGUUGCUAAGGAGCUGGGGGGCGUUGCUGUGGUUACCAAGAGCAUGUUUGAGGUCAGCAUGGCGUUUACUCACCCAGAGACGGAGUCCGACUGCCACUUCCUACGAACCGCUUGUCCUGACUGCUUCACUUCAACCAAGAACAAGCAGUCUGUCUUCACUCGCAUGUCUGUGGUCAAAGCUCUGGAGAAAAUAUCUGAUGCCAAGUUUCUGAGGCAUUACCCUUGUCCUCCCAAGCAGCCAACCAGCAGAUGCAUCUCUCGGGAUGUCCAGUGUCUCCACAUGUCCGUCUUCGUAGCCGGCAGGUACAAUAAAUUCUGCCGCAGUCUGCCUCAGACUCCCUGGGUGAUUGAUGGAGAGAGGAGGAUGGAGUCCUCGGUGGAGGAGCUGAUUGCAACACCCAUCCUGUCUGCUUUCCGAGCUGACGGAUUUAAUUUCUCCUCAUCUGGGAGGGAAGACGUGGACGUCAGGACUCUGGGAAACGGACGUCCAUUUGCACUGGAGCUGCUGAAUCCACACAGAUCCAGACUCAGCAAAGUGGAGAUGAAGCAGCUGCAGGAGACAAUAAACACAUCUUCAGACAAAAUCAGAGUAAGAGACCUGCAGAUAGUUUCCAGAGAGGCAAUGAGUCGGAUGAAGGAGGGAGAGGAGGAGAAGACCAAGUCAUAUACAGCAUUGGUCUGGACCCAGAGGCCCAUCCAGAGAGAUGACAUCGCCUUUAUUGAUGACAUUAAGGAUCUGACUCUAAACCAGAAGACCCCUCUGAGGGUUUUGCAUCGACGGGCUCUGGCCAUCCGGCAGCGAGUCAUCCACAACAUGAACACCCGCUUCCUGGACUCUCAUCACUUUUACCUGGGCCUGAAAACCCAGGCUGGGACAUAUAUCAAAGAGUUCGUCCAUGGAGACUUUGGCCGCACAAAACCGAACCUGUGUCAGCUGCUGAAGACGGACACGGACAUCGUGGAACUGGAUGUGGAGUCUGUGGACGUGGACUGGCCUCCUGCCGUACCAGAGUGACGCCCACGCUGACCUUGUAUGGAGACGCCUGGUGCAGCUGGAGGUGGGCUGACUCAGCGAUGAGGAUGGAGGACUAACAGGAUCUCCGAGCGGCCGGCUCUGUGCAGCCUCAUCUGUUUAGCUUCCGUAUUGUUUUUUUUAAGUCGGAGGUGACUAUCUUCAGUUUGAUCUCAGGACAUGUUUAUUAUACGCCAGCAGUGGUCGCUUUCUGUUGUGUUUUGCAUCAGUAGCCAUGAAAGGCAUCAUUGAGUUUAUUUUUCAAUAAAAUCCAGGUGGUGUCGUCCUGA